UGCGGUGGGGGAACAGCAUUCAAUGUUGUCGUUCCACGACAUGCCCUCCCCAGCGUCCGCCAUCUCCCUCCUCUUCUCACGCCGCCAUGUCCACAGACCACUGUCCCCAGCUGGCGAACUCUGGCGUCGGACCCCAGCGCCAUCCUGGCGUCACGAGAAGAGAGAGAGAAGGCUUUACUCGCUUCCCCUUUCUUCCUACUGCUCUCGCUUCUCCCAUCCGAUCACGUAACCGGCACCAGCUGUUGGCUUUGCCCACCGUCCCCAUCGCUGCCUGACUGUGAAGCGAAAGAGACCUUUGGAGCGGCGCCCUGCCUUUUUAGCUCGUUUUUGCGUUGCUUCUGUUCUUCGUCACCUCACCGGAGUAGAGCUUGUGGUGGUCUCGGCCGGGAAGGAGAAAAGGUGGGGAGGGAGUAGAGAAAGGUCUCAUUUUUAGAGGAGGGAGAACGGCGACAGAGGAAACGGUGGAAGGAUGAGUAUGUACGGGCGGGAUCCCUGGGGCGGGCCGCUGGAGAUCCACGCGGACUCCGCCACCGAUGACGAUCGGAGCCGCAACCUGGAUUUGGAUCGUGCGGCGCUGUCGAUGACGUCCCGGCAGCUGGACGAGACCCAGCAGAGCUGGCUGCUCGCCGGGCCGGGGGACCAGGGAAAGAAGAAGAAGUACGUGGACCUGGGCUGCCUCAUCGUUAGCCGCAAGCUCUUCCUGUGGUCCCUGGGCGCCGUCGUCGCCGCGGCCGCGCUCGCUGGGCUGAUUACCCUCAUCGUGAAAACCGUCCCCCGCCACCAUCGCCCCCGGCCGCCGCCGGACAACUACACCCUCGCCCUCCACAAGGCCCUUAUGUUCUUCAACGCCCAGCGAUCCGGGCCGAUCCCCAAGCACAACAACGUGUCCUGGAGGGGGAACUCCGGGAUGAAGGAUGGCAUAUCCGAUCCGUCCUACGGGAAGAGCCUUGUCGGGGGAUUCUAUGACGCCGGCGACGCCAUCAAGUUCAACUUCCCCGCCUCCUUCGCCAUGACCAUGCUCAGCUGGAGCGUGAUCGAGUACAGCGCCAAGUAUGACGCCGCCGGAGAGCUCGGCCAUGUCAAGGAGAUCAUCAAGUGGGGUGUCGAUUACCUUCUCAAGACCUUCAAUUCCUCAGCCGAUACGAUCGAUAGGAUCGCCACGCAGGUCGGGCAAGGUGCCACUUCAGGUGGAGCAAACCCAAAUGACCACUACUGUUGGACGAGACCAGAGGACAUCGACUACCCUCGGCCGGUCUAUGAGUGCCACAGUUGCUCGGAUCUUGCGGCAGAGAUGGCUGCAGCAUUGGCUGCAGCUUCCAUCGUGUUCAAGGACAACAAGGCCUACUCCCAGAAGCUUGUCCAUGGCGCGGCCACGCUCUGGAAGUUUUCAAGGAACCAGAGGGGGCGGUACAGCGAGGGCGGAUCCGAUGCCUCCAUAUUCUACAAUUCGACCAGUUACUGGGAUGAGUUUGUGUGGGGUGGAGCAUGGAUGUACCUUGCAACGGGCAAUGCCUCCUACCUCCAGUUAUCUACUCAUCCCAAGCUCGCGAAACAUGCUGGUGCUUUUUGGGGCGGUCCAGAUUAUGGAGUUCUAAGCUGGGAUAACAAACUCACUGGUGCUCAAGUACUUCUUAGUAGAUUAAGGCUGUUCCUGAGUCCUGGGUACCCAUAUGAAGAAAUGCUGAGAACUUUCCAUAACCAGACCGGCAUUGUCAUGUGCUCAUAUCUACCUGUUUUUAACUCCUUCAAUCGGACAAAAGGUGGUCUGAUUCAACUCAAUCAUGGAAGACCACAGCCCCUUCAGUAUGUAGUCAAUGUGGCUUUUCUUGCGUCAGUCUACAGCGACUAUCUUGAAGCAUCUGAUACUCCAGGAUGGUAUUGUGGCCCUAAUUUCUUCCCUGCUGGUGUUUUACGUGAUUUCGCCAGGACUCAGAUUGAUUAUAUUUUAGGUAAAAAUCCACAAAAGAUGAGCUAUGUCGUUGGAUUUGGCAAACGUUAUCCUAAGCAUGUCCAUCAUCGGGGUGCAUCGAUUCCAAAGAAUGGGGUGAAGUAUAGCUGCAAAGGAGGAUGGAAGUGGAGGGACACCAAAAAGCCAAACCCAAACACCAUUUUUGGCGCAAUGGUCGCCGGCCCUGAUAGACAAGACGGGUUCAGGGAUGUUCGAACGAACUACAACUACACCGAGCCAACACUGGCAGGCAAUGCUGGAUUAGUUGCUGCCCUGGUGUCUUUGUCUGGUGAGGGCACUGGAGUGGACAAGAACACUAUGUUCUCUGCGGUUCCACCGAUGUCUCCAACUCCCCCACCACCCCCAGCGCCAUGGAGACCAUGAGAGAUCAGGCAAUGAUUCUUUUGCUUCAGGUUAUUCAUUCAUCUCAGUUGUGAGAUCUAACACGAAAAACCAUGAAGAAGAGACUUGUGGACGCAACUUAUAAUGUGGACCUCAGUGUUGAAGCUUGAUUCUUUUGUCAUUGUGUCGUAUACAAUGGUUGUUUUGCAUCAAGAACUUUCUGCAAGCAACAUAUAAUCUAGAGCUCAACUCUCUGCUGCACCUUUAGGAUGUAUUAUUGUAUCAGUUUGUCUGGAUCGAUAAGAAAUCUUUGUGUGUCCCUUAAUCCA